UGGAGUUUUCUGCCACAGUGAUCUUGGCAGGGCUAAUCUUAGCUCUGCUGUGGCUGUUUAGUGUAAAAAGAAGGAAGUAUCGCCUGCCUCCAGGACCUCCAGGAUUUUUCAUAUUGUUAAAUUGUUCAGUAACUUAAGAAUAAACAAGGGCACACUCCCCAAAAGUGGAUUCUGUUCAUCUGGACGUAGCGUUUUGUGGGAGAAACGUUUCGUCACUCAUCCAAGUGACUUCUUCAGUCUCAAGAGCACACUCCAUUACUGUCUGGAUUUUUAUUUUAGCUGCGUGCUGACGUUGCAUGAAUACAAAAAAGGUUUUUUUCUUCUUAGCUUUGUCUUAGUUCAGUGAAACCUAUGGUCCUGUGAUGACACUGUACAUGGGCUGGCAGCGGACAGUGGUUCUGGUGGGGUAUGAUGCUGUGAAAGAAGCCUUGGUGGAUCAGGCAGAUGACUUCACAGGCAGAAUGCCCGUACCAUUUCUGUUCAAAGCUACCAAUGGUUAUGGUUUAGCAAUCAGUAAUGGGAAGCGCUGGCGCCAGCUGCGACGCUUCACACUCACAACCCUGAGAGACUUUGGGAUGGGACGCAAGGGGAUGGAAGAAUGGAUCCAAGAAGUCAGCGAACACUUGAGGGUUCACAUACGUACAUUUAAAGGUAAACCAUUUGACCCCCAAUUUGUGUUAAGCAGCACCAUUUCUAAUGUGAUCUGCUGCCUGGUUUUUGGGGAACGCUUCAGUUUUGAAGACAAGCAGUUCCUGCACCUUCUGACCAUCAUGCCUAAGGUCACAAGGUUUAACAGUAGUCCUCUUGGUCAGAUGUACAACAUCUUUCCCUGGAUCAUGGACCAUCUUCCUGGCUACCACCAAACUAUUUUUGGACAUGUAAAGGAGGCCAGAGAUUUUAUCAAGAGGGAAAUCCAAGAGCACAAAGAGACCCUGGACCCCAGCUCCCACAGAGGCUACACUGACUGCUUCCUCAUCAGAAUUAAUCAGGAAAAGGACAAUCCCUCAAGUGAGUUCAACUACGACAACUUGGUUUCUACUGUAUUGAAUCUGUUUGUUGCUGGAACAGAGACCACCAGCUACACCCUGAGCUCUCACUGUGCUGAUUAAACACCCCAAAAUACAGGGUAGGAAUACACAAAAAAUAUUACCAACUUGUAGUGUUGGGAAGGUUACUUUUAAAAUAUAUUCCA